AGCAUGAGUCUCAGCAGCCUCGAGGACAGUCAGGAGUCGGGCGACGAGUGUUACCAUGACGCCGCCGACCUGCCAGCAUCCGGCGGCGAGCGGAGGGAGGAUGCGCGUGACGGCGCGGCCGCACGCUCCGGCUUCCGCCCGGACCGGCGCGGCUCACUGUCUGACACAGCCCUCAAUGUAGCUGGUAGCAACUCGCUGCGCAUUCCCUCUGAUUCCACACUGCCACCGCAGCAGAAGCAGAAGCAGCAGCAGCAGCAGCAGCCGCUGCCGACGUCCGAAGCAUUGAGACGAGCGUCCGUUCACUCCAUACGCUCGCUCGGCGAUGUGGAGCUGGAGAUAGAGACCGACGAACAGGACACUGUGUUGAACGGGAGCUUACGGCGGAAGAGCGUCUGUGUGACGGGCAUGACGCAGACGGCGGCGCCCUCUGCAGCACUGCAGAAGGCGGCGAGUGCGGAUGGCGCAACGCUCGCCUCGCUAACCAAGUGUACAUCCGUGCCGUCGUUACACAAAGCUGUCGUGGAGAAGGCAGCCUCGGAGAAACGUGCAGCGUCCAAGAUGGUUCACAAAGGCGAACGACGAUCAGGCACGAUCACUGAGGGUAUACCUCCGCUUGCACAGAGUCGCCACCAGGAUACUGCACCGAGCACGCCGACGCACGUUCUAAUACAGCGCCUCACACGGGAGUAUGAUUCCAAGAUGACGCCGGGAGACAAGGAUGUGCAUGUGGGCACCCUCGAGGGCACUGUCAUGAUGAGACAGAAAGAGCGGAUGUCAGCAGUCGAGUUCCUCAGAGCUGAGGAUGGCAGUGAUGAUGAGAAGCUGAAAAAGGAGCGUAAGACAACCAGGAGGAGCAGCCGUCUGUUUGGCAUGAGCAGCCGUAAGAAGCGGCGUGACCUCUCGUGUCAUCAUGACGCUCGUGCCAUCGUGACCGAUUGUAUAACCGUGACCUCUCGUGUCAUCGUGACCUCUCAUGUCAUCAUGACGCUCGUGUCAUCGUGA